UCGCUCCCCGUCCCCGUCACCCGCCACCCGUCACCCGUCUCCGACCACGCCCUCCUUUUAUGUAUCCGACAGGCAUUUGCAGCCUCUUUUCUUGCAUAUGAUAGGAUAACAAACCAUAUAUCUUGAUUCUUUGUGACCCCAUCGACCCCAUUCGGGUGCCGUCAACCAAAUACCUGCCCUCAUUGCACCCCCCGGCCAGGAGGCAACUUGCAUUGCCCCUCCGAUCUAGCCGGGUCCUCUCGCAAGAGACGACAACACGAAACGGGAGAAGAAAACAAAAUGUCAAACGCUGUGCCCAUCAUGGCUCACAUCUCCACCGCCGACCCGUCUUCCUCAAGACGACCUUCAGUCUCCCAACCUGCCUCCCGUCGUCACCCCAGAUCGCGCAGCCAGAGCAUAUCUAGCGAUCGUCCAUCCACCAUUAUGAGCCACGGCUUGGCCUCUCCGCCUAUGACUGUGUCACCAGAAGCUGCCUUCAUCGCCCCUUCCGCCGCUUCUCAAAUCGUCACCAAUGACCAUGAUAGCCAUGCCGAUACCUGGUACGACCAGCAUGGCAUAGAGCCAUCCGGCCAAACCGUCUUGGUAUCUCCGAGCGCCCUUCAGCUUGUCAAUGACUUUCUCGACCAGCUUCUUUUCAGCUUCCUCCAGAUCUCUCGCUCCACCACUCUCGCCGCUCUUCGACCGGCCGUCUCCGAAGUUCUCAAACCAAAACUGGCCAAAGACGUCAUUAAUAAUGCUGACGAGGAAUUGCGCGAGUAUCUCGGUGGCGCCGACGAGGAAGACUUCCUAUCGACCGAUGCUUCCCAGGCCGAGCGCGACUGGGACCCGGAACUCGUGUGGAAGCGCACGCGCUUGAGGUGCAUGGUGUACUCCUCCCUCGGCGACAUGGAAGAGGAGGACGAAGAUUACUACACCGAACACGAAAACCUCGAGCCCGGCGUGGACGAGCGGCGAUCCGACGCCAUCUCUCCCGCGGUGGCUAUUUUCCUCACCUCCAUCCUCGAGUACAUGGGCGAGGCCGCAUUGGUCGUCGCCGGCCAGGCCGCCUGCCACCGCAUGCAGACCGCCUUCGAAAAGGACUUGCGGGACGGCGUCAAAACCAACGCCGACGUUGCCGACCGCAUUGUAGUCGAAGACUUUGAUAUGGAGCGUGUUGCUCUCGACAGGACUCUGGGUCGGCUCUGGAGGGGCUGGAAGAAGCGCAUUCGUUGCCCCGCUCCCGAUACGCCUCGGUCUUUCUCCCGCGCCUCCUUUUCGACCCAUGGCCGCCAAAAGAGCUUCGUGGGCGAGACUCCGUGGUCCGCUAAGAAACUGCCCGAUGCCGAAGAGAAGGCAGAGGCGGAGCCACCGACGGAAUCCAAGGACGUGAAGGGGGAAGAAGGCCCAGCCGCCGUCAACAGCAGGGUGGAAGACUACGUCAAGGCCUCGGCCAUUCCUUUACCAGUUGGCCAACGCGACGUUGAUGAAAUUGAAGUUCCAGGUCUCGUCUCAUACAGCGACGAUGAGGAAGACGCCAAUGGCGAGGAUAAGACAAUCCAGGAACGCAAGAUCCGGAGGCCGAAGAGCCUGAUGGUAUUCUCGCCGAGACUCGCCGUCGAAUUGCCCCCUAGUCCGGCCGUGUCUCGACCUGGACCUCCACUAGGCCCCAUACCAUCCGCACGCAAGCGAUCGGUGUCCUUGCCGGCUCCGUCGCAGUUUCUGUACGCACCACCCUUGGCCAAACGUCCGAAAUUUGAGUCCACCUCUUCCGAAGCCCCCGAGCAACGCGAGUCGGCCGCAGAUGCCGAGAAAAACGAGGAUAUCACCCUACCCCAGAAGGCCGGUGACGAUAGCAAACGCGCAGCCGAUACCCCCGGGGAAUCCAAGGCCGCCGGAAAGUCGGGAGAACAAGAGCAGAACGAUCGAGCGCCCGAGAUUCGAAGGCGCAGCUCGAAACGCCUCUCCCGGUACGCAAUCGGUGCCACCCUCGCGGGCGCCACUGCAACCACCUCCACCACCAACAAUGGCGCUACCGCAAACCGCAAGCCUGAAAUGGCAACAGAGGACGGCGCGGGAACCCCCGCAGCUGAAGCACAGAAGGAGGCGGAAGAGUCCUCCGACUCGGAGAUUGAGGAAUUUGACGAAGAGCCGCAGAUCCUCACGUCAGCAAGGAUAUCAUAUGCCGGUCGCACUUCGCCAGCCGUCUCCAUCUCCAGCAAGGGCUCGUCUGUCAACAUCAACACCAACUUGCCAAGGAGGACUCCCAGUGUGCAUUCCGCCCGCGUCAUAGACGUCAUUGGUCCCAAGAGCCCCCUUCACUCGAGACCGCCUUCGACCGAGCGUGACGAACGUGCUCGCCAAGUCGGUGUCGACCCCCCGCCGACCGUUGAAGAGAAGGCAGGACCGGCAGGCUCCGUGCCAGUGCCGCGGCCUGCUGGCGAUCGCAUCACGCCGAAGACGGGCACCAGCCUAUCCAUCUCCGCGUCCGGAGACGAGGUAGAAGGGCCUGCCGCGCCGCCGUCUCCCAUGUACCAUGCGCAGGGCAUCGCGGAGCUGCCCGCGCAACCCAUAUAUGGCACGGUCGUCCGACAGCCAGCUUCCACUCGGCACGAGAACGGCCCUGCCAUCACAGCAACCCUCUGGAACACAUCGAACCCGUCGGCAAGGACCGCAAACUCUAGCCCAACCUCCUCUCCUGCCAAGGCUCAGCAGCAGCAGCAGCAGCAGACCACUCACGCCUCUGGUGCUUCCCCACGAAACCUUACCAGCCUCAGUACGGCCAAACAUGGUCAGUCUCCAAGCAUUGGCAUGAUAUCGGUUGAGCGACAUUCCCCCAGCACGGAAUCCCCGGAGCGCACACGCCAAGUUUACACGUCAGGCUCGUCGGCCUCUUCGGGUACCGGAAAGCUCAGGCCCGUCCGGACGUCGGAGGAAAGCAAGAAUUCCCAUCGGGGAGACCAUCUCGCUCGUCACUUCGACGAACUCAUUCAGAGCGAUCAGACAAUCCAAUACACGCUAACUCCGGAGCACAUGCGUAACAUGACGUCCGCGCCGCCAUUGCACAACAGCGCCGUGCUGCCCACACGACAGAAAGGAGUUGAUGACGUUCGCACGACGAGCAACGGAGAUUGGUCUCGAUUCGAGGCCAACGCGACUACGAGGAAGCCAAGUCUCCCAAUUCCAGAAAUGAAGCCGACGUCAGCACCAGCCGCCGGAUACGUGCCGAAGGCGCCUGUAAGCACCUCGAGCAAAAAAUCGAAGCCGGGCGGUAUUCAGCCCAGAGAUGCCCGGGUGCCCCGUGAAUCCGUCAAUGACUUUGCCGACUUCAUCCGGUCUACCGGGCCAGCCGUGGACUACAGCCCAGCUCCUCUUCCCCUGGUGAAUGCAGAGCAGGCGCGUUCGAUUAAGCAGAACACGGACCUGAGGCGGUUGGCAUCUCUGAAUAAAAACCGACCUCGACUUCAGGCCCGAGAUGCUGCCGUCGACAGCCGGGAAGACAACUCGGACUUGAUCGAUUUCAUCCGCAGAGGGCCCCCGGGGGCGCAGAAUCACCGCAUCCCACGCAACGUAGCCCCUUUCCGGAGUACCAUGGACUCGGACCAGAUGGCGGGCGCGGUCGGCGGACGAGCCGUCGAUGCCACCCUUCCGGACACUCGCAACAGUCAAGCCUCCACAAGCGUAACGGACACCACCAUGACCUCAGCGCAGUCGUCGUCCAUCAAUUCGCAGAGCGCCCUUCUCAGAAACGACAGGCAAACGGGUGUAAUCGAAGAGGAAGACUUCAUGCCCAAGCGCACGAGGCCUCGCAUCCGUGAUCCUUACGCGAUCGACCUGACCGACGAGGAGGAUGAGGAUGACCUUGACUUGGCCGUCAAACCGCCUCCUAAGCGUGAGGAGAGCUUAGCCGAGUUCCUCCGAAACUACGAACCUCCUCCUUCGGAACCGGCGCCGACACAUAUGGUUGCAGCUCCGAAGAAGCCGAAGAAGAAGGCCAGCGCCCCGAGCCUCAUGGGUCGGUUCUCUCGCAGCUUCCAGGGCAGCAGCCAAACCAGCGCCAAUCACGGCCCCGCCGGCCCUCUGGCAACAGGCACGGCGUCCCGCAACGGAAGCCGCACUUAUAUCCCCAUCCAGGUGACCAUGACUGGCGCCAAUGACAACAAGUAUGCGCCCGUCGACAAGGUGCCGACGACGGCGAGCCAACCACCCAGCACACGGUCCUCGGGUCGCGUCCUGAUGAAAAAGUACGAGCCUCGCGAGGCGACGUCGUCGGUUACCCGCACCAGCGACCUGGCCGACUUCCUCCGCGACUCGGAACCGCCCCCGCAGAUUCCGACCUCCAUGAGCGCCUAUAGCAGAGACGAUGAUGCUCCUUCCAGCAGUAGCUUCUCUAAAAUGUUUAGUCGCCGCAAGAAGUCGGCUGCGUUUUCAUGAGCUGCUCAUGGAGUGUUCGGCCCGCCCCGCUCGGAGAUGGCUGGUCGGGGAUGAAGGAGAUGCACGACUUUUUGCUUUUUCCUUUCUUUUUCCUUUUUUUCUUUCGUUUCUCUACGACCAUAGAUCGCAAACACACAUCAACCCUUGUUCUCUCUGGUCUCU